AUGGGUGGCGAUGAAAAAGGCGAUGAUCAUUGGUCAAAUUUUGGAAAUUUAUUAUCAUUUCAAAAGAAAAAACGUUUUUUAUUCGAUGUUGAAUUACAAAUAAUUCGUGUUGUAUCAUUACCAUAUAAUGGUGGAAAAUUCUUUUUUAAAAUUCGAUUAUUAAAUGGUGGCAAUCAUACCUAUACAAGUGACGAACGAUUUGAGAUAAAUGAAAAUAAAGUUGAAAUCGAUAAAUCCGAUCAUUUUCCAUGUAAAAUGUACGCAAGAACUGAUACACUGGCAUUGGACUCCUGCAUGUGUCGAAUAUCAAUUAGAAAAGAAGGACGAGUGGGCAAAGGUUAUGAAAAAAUUGGAUACUACGAUUUAGAUUUAGCAUCGUACGCUGGUUGCGGCAAAGAAUUAAAAGCGUGUCUAUUAUAUGCCUAUGAGUCACAAAAGAAUAAUCCGGCAAAUGCUUAUUUAGAAAUAAAGAUUAGUUGUACAAUGAAAGCAAAUGAAACAAUUACUGAUCCACUGUUUAAAAGACCGUAUGCUGAUCAUCCAUAUACGGAAAGGGUUCAAAUUAAAAAUGAUACAAAUGUUUCUAAUAGUCAGAUUAAUAAUCCACAAAUAGAUAGUUCAGACUCCACAGAUACAUCGACGACUCAAUUACAACAAUCUCAAAUACAAAAACAUCCUCCCGGCCAUUCACGUCAAGCAAGUAAAAGUUCAAUGAAAUCAUUACUUUCAAAUCAUUCUACAUCGACAAAUCCACCAUCCGCGGCUAUAUCACCAACUGGAUCAACAAGUGAAAAAUGUCAUCAAAGACAAGCCAGUGAUGAUAGUACUCAAAGUACAGAUAGCGUACGAAAAGCUGUUAAAUGCAGGCGGGCGCCUUACUUUGAUGAAUUUGGCGAUAUUCAACGUCGUUUACAUGCCACACGAGUUGAUGCAAAUGAAAUUGUUAACAAUGUUAUGUUGAAAAAUGCUAAAACAAUACAAGAUACAAAAGGUUUUCUAUGUUUGAUUUACAAUGAAGAUGGUUCAACACGUGUGGGCACUAGUAGUAAAUUACAAUCGUCAACAAAUUCAUUAUUUGUCUCCUAA